AUGCAAAAAAAAUAAAGUUAGAAGCAAAAAUAACCUUAAAAUAAAAAAGAAUGUUUCUAUGAUUUUGUGGUAAAUAAUGCUGUUAAAUAAACUGAAGCCUGCUUUGCGAUAUCCAUAAAUCAUAGUAAUAAGAUGGUAGCGGUUGGAUGUGAUGAAUCUAUAAAAAUAUACUUAUUUAAAUAAGAAUAAUUGAAAUAGAUCAGCACUUUAGUUGGCCGUUAACCACAUGUAAGAGUAUUGAAUUUCCUGAAAAAUUCAGAAAUUUUAUUUUCUGGUAGUGAUGAUAAUUGUCUUACUAUUUGGUCUAUGAAUAGUAUAAACAAUGGGAAAUAUGUAAAAAAGUUACAUGGACAUAAGGGAGUAAUAAAUUGUUUAAUAAUUAAUAAUGAAGAAGAUACAAUCAUUUCUGGCAGUGACGAUAGGAGUAUAAAAUUUUGGAGGCAUAAAAAUUAGUGGGUACUUAAUUAGACUAUAAUCGAACAUCGUGACUAAGUUUACGGGUUAAGUUUAAAUCAAUUAGGAAAUAUUUUGAUUUCUUGUGGCUAAGACAAAUAGAUAUUGGUGAUGGAGAUAUAAUAAAAAGGAUAUUAAAGUUAAUGGGUUUUAAAAUAAAAAAUAAAAGAGUAAUGGUCAGGCUAUCGUCUAUGCUUCCUAAGUGAUAAUCUAUUUGCAUUCUAAUUUUCUGCAGGAAAGGAAAUGAAUUUUUAUGAAAUGAAUGAUGAAAAUAUAUUUAAGAAAAUAUCAAGUGUUGCUGUCAAAGGUAAUAAAGAAUAUUGCAAUCAUUUUUUUCCUUAAUAAAUUAUUUAAUCAAAAAAUCUAAUAGUUAGCAAGAAUGGGCCUUAUGUGAACAUAAUUAAGAUUAUAAAGGAUAACAUCUUUCUUUAUUGUUCUUCAAUUGAAUUCAGUCCUGAAUGCCUUGGAAAUAUUUAUGGAUAAGUUACUUCAGAUGGAGAGUAUUUGAUUAUUUGGGAUUAAAAAUCAAGUGAAAUAUAAAUCAGAAAGUACAUGAAAUCUUGA